GCUCCGACAGUAAACGCACCACUCGGUUAAGAUGGCUCCGCUCCCCGUGUUCCGAGUGGCUCUUCUGGUUUCCUUUUCAGUGUUCCUGACCGUCGUGUUGGGCUUUGGAUUGCCUUUUCUCCUGAACAGAGCGAUGGGAAUGAUGGGCUUACCAGAGACGAGUGUAACCGAGUGCAUAGUCGUGCUGUAUUUAUGUUUUGUCUUGUAUGUUGCGACGCCUCGAGUUCCUAGAGGAUUGGUGGAGGUGAAGGGAAAAGCUGUGUUCGUUACAGGCUGUGACAGUGGAUUUGGUCAUGCACUUGCCAAACAUCUUCACAAACUUGGCUUCACUGUCUUUGCUGGAUGUCUUUUUAAGGAUAAAGGUGGCGAGGGUGCAAAGGAACUGGAAGAAUUUCAUUCAGAUCGCAUGAAGGUCGUCCAGCUUGAUGUUUGCAGUGAAGAGCAGGUGGACAAGGCUGCAGAAUAUAUCAAGGACAACCUGGAGGACACAGAAACAGGUCUUUGGGCUGUGGUGAACAACGCUGGUGUGUCAACCUUUGGAGAAGUAGAGUUCACCUCAAUGGACACCUACAAGCAGGUGUCAGAGGUCAACCUGUGGGGCACCAUCAGGGUCACCAAAGCUGUUCUGCCAUUAAUCCGCAGGGCCAAAGGACGUGUUGUGAACCUGGCCAGCAUGUAUGGGAGGAUGGGAAAUGCCUUGCGGUCACCUUACUGCGUGUCUAAAUACGGCGUGGAAGCUUUUUCUGACUGCCUUCGCUACGAGAUGAAGACCUGGGGAGUUAAAGUGUCAAUAAUCGAACCGGGGAACUUCAUCGCGGCCACCGGCAUCCUGACCCGAGACAUUGUGGCCAGCACGGCCAACAAGCUGUGGAGUGAGGCACCCUCGCAGGUAAAGGAAGAUUAUGGGAAAGCCCACUUUGAGCAACACGUGGCUCUGAUGCGCUCUUACUGCAACAGCGGACAGAAGGAUGUGGCUCCUGUCCUGGAUGACAUCACUGACGCCAUCAUGUCCAAACGUCCGUAUACACGGUAUCACCCCAUGGAGCCACACUGGUGGAUCAGAGUUCAGCUGAUGACCCACCUGCCUGCCGCCAUAUCUGACUUCCUGUACUUCUAAAAGAGGAGCUGUUCCUGCAAGAGCAGCGCAUUAGUCAACUAUCUAGAUACAGACCCUUCUGUAGCUCGAUUCAGACUCUUCAGAGGGCAUUCUGCUAGGUAGUCCUCAGCACUUUAAAUCAUACACUGAUCAAGCCUUAAAACAACCAUUUUUAUAAACUGUAAGUUCAUUAUUGCACUUUGCUUAUUGUAUGUCUUACAGGAAUCAUAACUUUUUCUACACAGAUAUAUUCCUUGAUAAGUAGUAACUACUUUGUGUUGAAUAUCAGUGACGCUAUGACAUACUCGUAGCUAUAAAUACAUCUUUAUUACUCGCUGUGGCAUUAUCUUUAAAAAAAAAAAAAAAAAGAAUGAAAAGGAUGUUUGUCCCCCUUUUAUCUUGUUUUCUUUUCCCUCAUACUUGUAAUGUUUUGGGUAUGGGACUCAGCCGGGGCCACACUGGCAUGAGGACCAAAGUCGGCAGAGCUUUGAGAAGGCUCCCGCUGUUCUGUUGUGGCUGACGCCGGAACAAA